CACUCCGCAGGGUGGGGUUUCACACAGGAGCGAUGGAGGGGGGCGCCCACAGCUCUCUUCGGAGCCCACGGUGGGUGCAGCCGAUCCUCCAUGUUGGACGCACUUCCCAGGCGGGGCCGGAGUUCCCACAUCGCUGGGUGACGCUGGUCCGUAAUGGGGUGUCACUCCUGUCCUUCCUCCUCGGGGACCGGAACCCUGACCGUUACCGACUCUGAGCCACAGCCACCCCGCCCUCCGGGUCUGCACACCGUGAACCCGGGUGGCGCCAGCCGCCAUGGCUGCCUGCGGGCUCCAGGCUUGCUCUCGGCUCAGCUGAGGCUCCGCAGCCCGCUCCCCGCUGACGCUGAGGUGCUGUUUGCAGUGCACGCCCUUCAUGCCCGAGGCCCGGGCGGUGCUGGAGCUGGUGGACCAGUGCCCCCGGCAGGUGCAGAGAGGCACGUUCCCGGUCAUCGUCAUGGAGGGCCUGGACGCCACAGGUACUGGCACAGCACGGCCGCCUACGCCAUCGCCACCGAGGUGAGCGGGGCAGUCCAGCACCUGCCCCCGGCCCACCACCCCAUUUACCAGUGGCCGAAGGACCUGCUCAGGCCCAACCUGGUGGUGCUGCUCACGGUGAGCCCUGAGGAGAGAUUGAGGAGGAUCCGAGGCCGGGGCCCGGAGAGGACCAGCGAGGAGGAGGAGCUGGAGGCCAACAGCGUGUUCCGUCAGAAGGUGGAGGUCUCCUACGAGCGUAUGGAGAGUCCGGGCUGCCACGCCGUGGACGCCAGCCCCUCGAGGGAGAGGGUCCUCCAGGCGGUGCUCAGCCUCAUCCGCGAUCAUUGUCCUCAGCGGCCGUGACUCGGCGCCUCGUCACAUGUUCAAGCCUCUCCGCCCGGGCUGGGUACAUGCUUUCCCGCUCGGUGUGCCGCGGAGAAUCGGGGACCAGACCUCUCCGUGUCCCCCUAAUUAUUGUUUGUGCUUCUGACCGAUGGGCCCGUCGGGGUUGAGACGGGCCACGCUCCCGUGGGCGCCAAGAGAGAUUUCCGCCCGGCACCAGGCGCUUGUUCUGCGAAUGGGCUUCACGCCGUCCCAGCAAAGGCCUCCAUGGUUGUCUUGUCCCGAGGCACGAGGUCUACAGAGCCACGGGGAAGUCCUCCCCGCUCAGCGGCAUUCCCGCCCCAGCCUCCGCCACGCCCACACCUGCUCCCUGGCAAGACCUUGACACGGUGGGCGUGGACGUCUUCCCAGCCCGGCCUCACCCCAUGGUCUUGACUGAGCCCCAGAUCCCAGAGCCAAGCCCUCCCGCGGGACGUGCCUGCGUGUCCUGGCCCCCAGGAGUGUCUGGUGGGCGGGGGGGCACGUGUACAGCCGUGUCCACCUGUGUCGGCAGCUCACAACCCCGAGACCCGAAGCGCAGGCACGCCGGCCUUUCUGGAAUUAUUCCUGCUUGUUCCGAUUCCACCCUUUCCACUGGGGACUGGCCGUGGGUGUGGGAGCGUCUUGCCCUGAGCUGGAUGCCCGCACGUGGCCAGGCAGCCAUGUGGUCGUAGCGCCGAGUCCCGCAGGGUUCCCGCGGCCUAGGGCCGGGCUUCACUACCAACAACGGGGCCGGGAAGCCACGGCCACGCGGGUUGUGUCUUUCAUUCCCCGGGUGUGGUUUGUCUCACGUCGUGAGCACAGCGGGCCCUGGAGGGGGUCUCCUGGUGAGUGGUCUUGCACUUGAAUGUCUGUGAUGGCCCAUGAAAUCCGCUUGGCGGUCUGUUUGCUAGAAAACGGUGGCUGAGAAAAGAGGACAUUUAGCUGCUUGGUGGCUUUGGGUGAGUCAUGUAAUAUUAGUGGUAACUUGAUCGAAAAUGUGAGAGUAAUGCUUUCUGUGUCUUACGGAGUGGGCGGAGCCCGGCGGUCACCUAAAUCUCUUCCAGUUCUCAGAUGGAGAGGUGAUUGUCUUCUUGAGACACCCCCGCCCCCAGAUAAUUACAUUUGAGGCCUUAUCAGGAUCAUGCUAUGGAAUCUUAAAUUAUAGUAACGUUUAGUAUUAAUGAUAUUCUGUUUUUCAAAAGAACCCUAGGUAAUUUAUACACGCUAUUUCGAUGCAUAUAAAUGGAAAUACGAUUUCAGAUGAACAUAUUUUUAAAGCUGAUACAUAGUGUCGGGAUCCGUUAAGAUGUGACUUUGAAUUAUGUUCUUGGGGUUCAUGACUUGGUCUGAACAGCUUGCGUGCUGCCCCGGAAAACAAGCCUUCCAUCUUCCGUGCCUCCCUUCCGCCCCUCGCAGCGAAUAAACUCGCUGUGGUGUCCAGCCUG